CGCAACUUCUGCCGCUGCCGCUGCCGCUGCCGCCCGGGCGCUCUCGGCCCAGCAGCGCGGCUGCUGCGAGCUGUGGAGCGGCCGGCUGAGCCCGGCCCCAGCGCCCGCGAGUCCGCGUGUCCCGGGCGUCCGUCGGGGGCCGAGACGCCACCCGCAGGGAGUCCCCUCGCGGCCGCGCUCCCGCGUUACCCGCAGCGGCCGGGGUCCCGGGGUGUGCGGGGCCCCGAGACCGAGCCAGGCGCCCCCCAGCGGCCGGCGCGGGCCCCAUGGCUGGGCCGGGCGGAGCGGAACCGGCGAGGUGAAGCCCCUGGCCGGCAGCCGGAGCGCGUGGCGGGGGCGCCGGCUCCAUGGGCAGCUGCACACGGCGGCGCGAUGAUGGACGUUAACAGCAGCGGCCGCCCGGACCUCUACGGGCACCUCCGCUCUUUCCUCCUGCCAGCGGUGGGGCGCGGGCUGCCCGACCUGAGCCCCGACGGUGGCGCCGACCCGCUCGCAGGCUCCUGGGCGCCGCACCUGCUGAGCGAGGUGACAGCCAGCCCCGCGCCCACCUGGGACGCGCCCCCGGACAAUGCCUCCGGCUGUGGGGAGCAGAUCAACUACGGCAGAGCCGAGAAAGUUGUGAUCGGCUCCAUCCUGACGCUCAUCACGCUGCUGACGAUCGCGGGCAACUGCCUGGUGGUGAUCUCCGUGUGCUUCGUCAAGAAGCUCCGCCAGCCCUCCAACUACCUGAUCGUGUCCCUGGCGCUGGCCGACCUCUCGGUGGCCGUGGCGGUCAUGCCCUUCGUCAGCGUCACCGACCUCAUCGGGGGCAAGUGGAUCUUUGGCCACUUUUUCUGUAACGUCUUCAUCGCCAUGGACGUCAUGUGCUGCACGGCCUCGAUCAUGACCCUGUGCGUGAUCAGCAUCGACAGGUACCUUGGGAUCACAAGGCCCCUCACGUACCCUGUGAGGCAGAAUGGGAAAUGCAUGGCGAAGAUGAUUCUCUCCGUCUGGCUUCUCUCCGCCUCCAUCACUUUACCUCCGCUCUUCGGAUGGGCCCAGAAUGUAAAUGAUGAUAAGGUGUGCUUGAUCAGCCAGGACUUUGGCUACACCAUUUAUUCUACCGCAGUAGCGUUUUAUAUCCCCAUGUCCGUCAUGCUUUUCAUGUACUACCAGAUUUACAAGGCUGCCAGGAAGAGCGCUGCGAAACACAAGUUCCCUGGCUUCCCUAGAGUGGAGCCAGACAGUGUCAUCGCCCUGAAUGGCAUAGUGAAGCUCCAGAAGGAGGUGGAAGAGUGUGCAAACCUUUCGAGACUCCUCAAGCAUGAAAGGAAAAACAUCUCCAUCUUUAAGCGGGAACAGAAAGCAGCCACAACCCUGGGGAUCAUUGUCGGGGCCUUUACCGUGUGCUGGCUGCCCUUUUUCCUCCUCUCGACAGCCAGACCCUUCAUCUGUGGCACUGCCUGCAGCUGCAUCCCACUGUGGGUGGAGAGGACAUUUCUGUGGCUAGGGUAUGCAAACUCUCUCAUUAACCCUUUUAUAUAUGCCUUCUUCAACCGGGACCUGAGGACCACCUAUCGCAGCCUGCUCCAGUGCCAGUACCGGAAUAUCAACCGGAAGCUCUCGGCUGCAGGCAUGCAUGAAGCCCUGAAACUUGCUGAGAGGCCAGAGAGACCUGAGAUUGUGCUGAGGGCCUGCAUGAGGAGGGUGCUACUGAGACCAAGAAAGAGGCCAUGGGUGUCUGUGUGGAUGGUACAAUCUUCAGACCAUCACCAUUGGUUAGCAGACAAACUACUGACUACUGUAGAAAAAAAGGUCAUGAUUCAUGAUUGAAAGCUGAACAAUGGAAAUGAAAUAAGGCAAAAUAGAGUUGGAAACAGAAGGAAGUCAUUUGCUGAGACUGCAGAAUGGAAUGCGGCUUCUGUCCUUUUUUGCGAUGGCUAAAACAUAACAAACAGGGUGAUCUGUUGUACACACUAUCUUUACAAGGGAGAUGGUGAUCUCUCCUUUUUUCUGUGGAUCAGUGCUAUUGUGUGUUCUCAGUUUAAGAUAGCAGAUCAUCUCAGCAGUAAGCACACCGACAGAACUGAGUUCCAGAAAGGAAGCAGUUUCUGGUGCUUUGCAUAUGUCCAAAUCCAUGCAAGUGGGAGAAUGUUCCAAUGCACACUUCCCAUGCUUCUGAGUCUAGGCGUUGUGGUGAAUAUGCAGGAAUCAUUCAUGAGACAGAAUGUAUUUUGUUGUAUGACAGAAGGGUUUUCCAAGCAAACUGCGGUGAGCAUAGUGUUGAAUAUGUUGCAUGUCCAUGUUAAGAAAACAGAAUCCAGUCAUCAGCUAAUACAAAUGAUUUCCCAGAGCAGUGUUUGUUUCAAGCUUUUGUCAAAUAGUUUGGCUUUUCUGCGGGGUCUCUGUGAUAUCCCCACCAAUGUACUUUUCUUGUUAACUCACUUAUUAUGGUAUAACUCAGGAACAAGAUGGAGAGACGCAUACAACUUGAACAAAGCUUUUUCUUGUGCUCUGAAGGGUCCUGAGAGGUGAGGGGCAUGUCUCCUGGGAGGAUUUUUAUCUUAGUGAAGUGCAAGUGGUACCCAACUGCAUUGUAAUUAACAUGAUUAUUGGCAUGUUUUUGACUCUCAUUUCUACAAGGGUGCAGUGGGCCCACCCAUGGGCUGUCCUAUAACGUAUGUUAUGUGGAAGAAGUGUGGGAAUAAUGGGUUUUUCCAUGAAAGGUUGUGAUGCCUCUGGAGAUGGGGCAUAAACAUGUUCAUUCUUGUUGAGCUGCAUUGUAUUAAACCAAAUUGUGUGAAGCGAGGUCACCGGGACCACUCUUGCGAAAUGCUUCAGAACACCAGUCUGUUCCUUCUAGAGAAUUUGUUUUUGUGUUCUCUGUAUCUUAAAUCAAAUGUGUGCCUAAGCAAUUCUGUCCCCUGAUUCCCACCCCCACCCACCAAAAAAUGGUAGACAUGAAAGGCAGGUAAAGAAACAGAAAAGGUCUCUUUGUGGAUAUAUAUAUUUUUAAAUGGCACUAAGGAGACAGAAGGACAGUAGAGGAGAAUAGAUGAGUACCUUUACCUAGAAGGGGAGAAAUGAAUGCAAUUCUUUAUUUGAUGAGAGAGAACUGAAAGAGAAUAUUAUUUUCCUACCAUAAAGCAAGCUGUCCUCUCACAGGAUAAAGUGGAAUUCUGACAUGGAUUAUGGACUUCUAACUCCUAUUGACAUUGCUUCUUACCAGACAUGGGGAAGGGCUACCUUUCCUGAAAGGGGAGGAGGGCACUGUCCUUUCAGACAAAGCUUGUAUAAAUUCCUGAACCGCAAAUUUGCUAAAGUGACCGUAUAUACUUAUAUUCAUACUUUAAAUGAUUAUUUAUGGUCAAAUACAUAUUGUUAAACUUGAAAAUGUUUUAUUACAUUACAUCAAAUAAAGUUUAUUUGUAGCUGAAAUAAAGCAAUGCAAGUAAAGAUUUUUAA